AAACGGUUCGGCACAACAGUUUAAAAACACAACAGCGCAUCGGUGAGAAGGAUCAGAGCUGCUGGGGAUCGGAUAUGAACUCGUAUUGAUCAGAAGAGAGAGAUAAUGCUGGUGGAUGUCUGCUCCGUGUCGUAUUAAGGCUAAACGAAGCGCAGUGAUGGAGCCGUUAUCAUUGCUCUAUUGUCCGGUUAUUAUCCUUUGUCUUAGCUGUUAUUCAGCGUUAUAGUCGGACCGGAAACGCGCAGAUGAUCUGAGACAACAUGAGCGCGUUUUUUCUCUUAUGCAUCUCCAAGAUGGAAGAUUUCCUGUGUUGUUCUAGAGGAUGAUGGAGAGCCUGGUUGCGCAGUGCAGUACAUGCGGACAGAGCGGUAUAAAGCCGCUCUUCUCCAGCCCCUACAGAUGAGAGGCAAACAGUAUCAGCAGAUCAAACCUGCAGGACCUCGAGAGACCGGCAGUGACUAUGGAAGGAAACUCAGAACGUACCAAAACCCUGUGAAAAUUAUUGAUCAGCCCGGCAUCGUGAUGAAGGUGCUGAGGAGGAAGCGGAUUAUUUUAUUUGCAGCCUAUUUCCUCCUGCUGGUUUUGACCAUGUUGAAUUUGGCCAAUUACAGAUGGAGCAAAGAGCCACAGCAGUGCAGCCACCAGGUGAGGAGCACCACAUACCAGGGGCGCUCCGACAUCCGAUACCUUUACAGACCUGCUUUGGUUAAGAAAAGGCAGCUUGUUUACGUCUUGACCACAUGGCGCUCGGGGUCAAGCUUUUUUGGCGAGUUGUUCAACCAGAACCCUGAUGUGUUCUUCCUGUACGAACCCAUGUGGCACAUAUGGCAGAAGCUGUACCCAGGUGAUGCUGUGUCUCUGCAGGGUGCAGCCAGGGACAUGCUGAGCUCACUUUAUCGCUGCGAUCUCUCUGUGUUCCAGCUGUAUAACAGCCCCGGGGGCAAAAACAUUACCUCGCUUGGCCUGUUUGGCGCCACGCUGAACAAAGUAAUCUGCUCAUACCCACUGUGUUCUGCAUACAGGAAGGACAUGGUGGGCAUGGUGGAUGACAAAGUGUGUAAAAAAUGUCCGCCGCAGAGCCUCCGUCUGCUGGAGGAAGAGUGUCUGAAAUACAACACUAUUGUUAUUAAAGGGGUGCGCAUUCUGGACGUCAAUGUCUUGGCUCCUCUGAUGGAAGACCCCUCGCUGGAGCUAAAGGUCAUUCACCUGGUGAGGGACCCCAGAGCUGUGGCCAACUCCAGGAUCAAAUCCAGACACGGACUGAUCCGAGAGAACCUGCAGGUCGUCAGGAGCCGGGAUCCGAAACUGCGCCGGCUACCACUUGCAGACGCCACUCAUAAAGCGAACAAAAAGGAUGGAGCUGACUAUCACUCUAUAGGAGCCAUGGAGGUGAUAUGUGAUAGGACCCACAGGACCUUGAGGACAGCAUUAAAUCCUCCCAGUUGGCUGAAAGGGAAGUACUUGGCUGUGCGCUACGAGGACCUGGUGGAAAAUCCAGUCAAGGUCCUGCGUCAAGUUUACCGCUUUGUUAACCUUAGCACCAAUCAAGACGUGGAGUCUUUUGCCCUCAACAUGACUAAUGGAACAAACUCUUCCUCUAAGCCGUUCAUUGUGUCGUCCAGGAAUGCCACGCUGGCUGCGAGCGCUUGGAGGACUCUGCUCAGUAUUCAGCAGAUCAAACAAGUGGAGGAUUACUGCCACCAGUCUAUGACCGUGCUGGGCUACGAACGCGUAAGAACAGCCGCAGAGGCUAAAGACUUGAGCAAAUCCUUACUGACUACAUCCAAACUGUGAUGCAAGCCUCUCACCAAAAAAAAAUGCCCAUAUGAAUGAUUUUUCGUUGUAGCUCGGUAACUGUGGAGCUUUAUUUUGGUUCAGUGUUUCACUGAGGGAUUUGACAUGCAUUUAGGAAUGUAUUGUUUUGUUAUUAUUAGUUUUUCUUCUUCAAUUGAUUUUUUAGUUCUGAAAAAUUUAAAACUGUCAUGGCUUUACUAAGUGGAUUGAUUAUGUAUGUGUAUGACUUAAACUGCACCAUGACUUGAAUAACGAGAUGAGCCUUGAUGUAAUGAGAAUCACGUGUCUUGCAUCGACAAUGCUUUAGGCCUUUUUUAUUUUUUAUUUCUUUGAAGGUUUUUGACACUGUUUCAUUUGAAUUUGUUUGCUCACUUUCAAUGAAAAAAAAAAAAUCAAAACUUAAACAUAAAAACCGUCAAAGCUCUUGUUCUUAUGCUGUUUAGAUAGUGCAAGAUGCUCUCAGAGACAAUCAUUAAAGUGCUCUGUAAUGUUUUUUCCUGUUUCUGCUACUUUGGCCUGCAUGUCCAUUUCCAGAACUGGGUGCUCCAUUUUCUCGGCUAUUCCCAACUUCCUGUUGUCUUAUACUGCGUUAGUAGUGCUUCAAGGAAGUCUGUCUGUGGGAAAUGAUGUUCACAUUUAGAGCAAAAAAAAAAAGAAAACCUUAGAACUCACUUUUGCAUUGCGAUUAGUCAGAAUAGCUUAAACUGUGAAUUUUAGAGUAGAUAUUAACUGACAGAUUGACAAACUCCGUUCUCUUUCCCAUUAUCUCUUAUUUAUUUUCUCUCUAUUACAACCCAAUACAAUUACAGGAUGUGAUCCAAUUUUUAGAGCUCAUGUGAUUCUAAGUAGUGUUUUGGCCUUGAGCACAGCUUCUCGCAGCCUCCACCCCACCCCCCACCCCCUUUUUUUGUUCUAUAGUCGAACAGUUUUGUGGAUUAUGUGAAGAAUGUGACUGUCUGCCUUCUGAAAUAUCAGAAAUAAAUAGCCAGGCUUGUUUUAGAGCACUAAAGAAUGUGUAAUAUGCAUGGCUUUCUAAGAAACAGCAAACAGACACUUAUUUAUAUUCAACGUAGAUAUUGGCUAAACAAUCUUGUGGCCAUUUGUGGGAAUGUUCUGUUUUAUGAUACACAAAUGACUUAGAAUACAUAUAAACCAUGUAGUCAUGUCCUUGAACUUAAAUUCCUUAACAUUGUACAAUGUGUGAAAUAUCGAUUUACAACUAACUAGAAUUAAGUCCCGAGGACAAAUUAGAAAACUCUGGUGUAUUUGCCAGCAGAUAAAAUUCACUUACAAGUUAUUUGUAUCGACCUGGCGGUAGAUCAGAACUCAGGAAAGAAAGAAAAUAAGUUAGGAAGAAAACUCGUAGUCUGUUACAGAAAACUAACGAUCGAUGGAGUUUUAACCAAAUGUUUCCUAUAAUAACAUAUCAACUUCUUUAUUCUUUUUAUAUUUCAGUGAUGUGCCAAAUGAUACGUAUUUAAUUAAAAAAAAACGGUACUGUUAUCCAUUUAUAGUUACAGUCGACACUGUCUCUUAAAAAAAAAAAAAAAAAAUAUGCAAAAGAUUGUCAUGUUACCAAGAAACUUGUCAUGAAGCAUAAAGUAAGUAGUCCUGUGUCCUAUAAGAAAUUUCAGACACUGUACUUAAUGUUACAAAGCGCUGGCAUUGGAGACCCCUUGCAUUGACGAUCAAUUCAAGAAAGAUCGGUCAUGUCAAGAAUUAUGUGUUUUCAAAUCUGUUUAUUAAUAUUAAGUUCUAUGAAGUAUAUGAUGUGUAAAAAUUCCUGUGAUUGUGAGCUGUUACUAUGGAAACCAUAGCACGCUAGAAUGAGUGCAGUGCGAUCGUGAUUUGAAUAACCAUUGUAGAAAAUAAAUCAACACGUUUAGACAAGUCCAAAUUGAUAAUACAUCAGUGAAAAAACUCUGCUAGAGUAAAAACACAUUAGAUAUUAAUUUUAUUAUAUUUAUGAAAAUUGAUAUUUGAAGGACGAAGGCUGGUACUUUACAUCCUACAAUCUAAACAUAUGGCAGGAUGAAAAUAUCUCUGAAUGAUAACCUUUUGCACCUCACAUAAAAAUUAAUCCAACAAAAAGGAUUCAAUACAUGAGAAAGUUUCAUUUAAGCUAUAUUUUCUCCUCUCGUUGGCACUGCUUUGGUUGCAUUCGAUUGUGGGCGGGGCAUGGGAGGUAAGAGGCGUUCCCGCUUUGCAUAAUAAUAAUAAUGUUAUAAUAAUAGCAUUUUUUUUGUUUAAAGAUUGACUUUUUUGUGCGUCUCUGUGGAAGCAGCAUAUUAAGCAAAUAUAUUUUGUUAAAAAAAAAGUUUGUGUGACUAAGUUUCAGUUUUGUGGUUCAUACGAGA